UGCUUCCUGCCUUGCUGAGGGAGGGAACGGUGCUGACGGCUGGGAGGACGAAAGGAGAGCUAAGAAAGCUUUCGGGAAGCUAUAAAAGAGUGGGGAACGGCCCGGUUUUCCACCGUCCGUCGGGAGAUAAGACCACAGUUUUCUGUAGCUGCUGGAUUUGUCAUCGAACAGGCGCCUAAAAAUGUCGACCAGUCGUCAGCUUAGCGAGAGCAGGGCCAUCCCGACCAGAACGGUGUUGAUCAACGACACAACGCAGCUACCUCAUGACUACUGUACCACCCCUGGAGGCACUUUAUUUUCCACCACUCCUGGAGGAACCCGGAUCAUUUACGAUCGCAAGUUCCUGCUGGACAGGCGUAAUUCUCCCAUCGCUCAGACUCCUCCUGCACAUCUGCCUGUCAUCCCUGGAGUGACUAGCCAACGUGUCCUGAGUGAGAACCAGAAGAACGCAGCCAACAACCACAUCAAAAACCAUGAUGGCAAGCCCACUACAGGUGACGACGCCCAGUUUGAAAUGGACAUCUAACCAUCUGCUGCCACACCAGCAUAAGGAAACAACCUGGCACUGUAUGUGCCAGUGGCUUGGCUUGUAGAACCCAAUGUUGUGAGCCCCCAUGGCAGCCAUCUUUGUUAGCUCUUUGUCUCACUGCUGGAUGUAACGUGUGUAAACCCAGGGCGAUUCAGUAUACCUUAGAUGCACAUACAGAGUGGCCAAGUCGGAGAAUUCGGUUUAUCGGAGUAACAACAGAUCGCUGUACAAAUUUUAAGCAUUUACAUAAAGAUGGACCUGAAUAUUUUGCACACGAAUAGUCAGUUUUAGUUCUCAUUUUACAGUUUUCUGUGAGUCCAGAUUGGAGAAACGGACAUUAUUCCAAAUUCAUUUGAGUAGGAAGUGGUACUUCUUUGUGACCUUAGAAACAUUUAAAAGCUUUGAUAUUCUUCCGUCUUUGUUUUUAAAGACCCCAGUUAGCACGUUAUCUAUGCGAUUCUCUAUUUUCCUGCUUGUUUUUUUUUUUUUUUUUAACUACUUGAAUAACUCCACGAUCCAUAACCAGUUGGACAGCUUCGUUUCCUGUGAUGGUAUCUGAAAAAUGCUGUUAUUUUUGUUUUUCUAUUAGGAAAGGAUCUAACACCAUUCCAAGAUUUUAGUCUCAAAUUUCACCAACAUUUGGCUGUAAAAUUUCCUUUUUAAAUUUAGACAUUUUUAACAUUUUGUGUUUGAAGACGUUUUGUUAGCAUUGAGGCUUCACCGGGGUCUUCGGUCUGGUUUGGUCAAGCCUUUCGGAUUUUUUGUCAAGGAAACAGGAAACCCUGUGCAUUGGGCUUAAUAGACGCUCUCCCUAAAUCCAAAAAUCUUUCCGUUUGACAUAAUUUCCAUGCAUCCUGCCAGCCCAUGCCUUAUUUAACAUGAAAUGCAGUGACAAGUUUACUUGUCAUCGAUUUGUACUUUCUGACAGAUGUUUAUUUUUGCACAACAGCGUUAAAACUGGUUGUAUUUUGCUUGGCCAAUGAGCAAAAGGUAUUUUAGUUUCUUGGUAAUUUUCUUACUCAGACUGGUGUGAAGUUUGGAGGUGUGAUGGCACACGUGACGUUACGAGAAGCUGAAGUUUUAGACAGCAACAUGGUAAAAGUGCCACUUAUAUUAACUCAAUGAUUAGUUGAUUUGUUUUACUCCAAAGUUUUAUCUUCUACUCUGCAAACAAAUCAUCGUGCAGAUCAUGUUUUCCAUUCAAUUUUCUUUCUCUUUGUAUGACUGGAACCACCGCCUGAUCUUUGUCAAAUAUUAUUUCUUAUUCCUUUUAGCUUUGUAGUUACUUUUGGCAAAGUCUGGUGAACAUUUUAUCCACAAGUUGCUUAAAUUAUGUUUGCAUUGCACCUUUUGGCCAAUAAGUCGUUAUGUUUUUGCAUUGUAAUCCAGACGGCAAAUUUAUUUCCAAUCCUUUUGGUUCAACAAUGAGGGCUUAACAAUAUGUGUUGAAAGAUUGGAGACAAACUUACUGUAACCUUCUGUUCUGAUUUUAAAUAACUUUAUUUCAAAUGAAACUCCAAUGUCAGUGGACACUGAUGCUGCAAGAUCAAUAAAAUUCUGUAACAGA